GACGCCUUGGCUGGUUCGCGACGCAGCCCCCUGGCCGUGGAUGCUCGCUCGGGCUCGAGAUCCGCACAGGUAGCGGCCGCGGACCCUGGUCCCUCGCCCAGGCCCUCCAUAGUCCCCCAACGACGGAGUCCGGGCCGGGGGCGGCGGCGCCCGGGGGCCAUGCGGGUAAGCCGCGGCGGCGGCUGCAGCGGCCUGAGCUCCUGAUCGCCGAGGACCCCAGCGGAUCUCACCCACCUCCCCAGCCCCCGCCCCCCGCCCUGGCCGCGGGGGCGGCGCGCUUGGUCCACGAGUCCCGGGCCCCGCAGGGCCCGGCCCGGAGUCGGCAUGAAUCGCUGCUGGGCGCUCUUUCUGUCUCUCUGCUGCUACCUGCGUCUGGUCAGCGCCGAGGGGGACCCCAUUCCGGAGGAGCUCUAUGAAAUGCUAAGUGACCACUCCAUACGCUCCUUUGAUGACCUCCAGCGUCUGCUGCAUGGAGACUCCGGAGAUGAAGAUGGGGCCGAGUUGGACUUGAAUUUGACCCGAUCCCAUGCUGGAGUCGAGCUGGAGAACCUAUCCCGUGGGAGAAGGAGUCUGGGAACCGUCACUGUUGCCGAACCAGCCAUGAUCGCUGAGUGCAAGACACGGACGGAGGUGUUUGAGAUCUCCCGGCACCUCAUCGACCGCUCCAAUGCCAACUUCCUAGUGUGGCCGCCCUGCGUGGAGGUGCAGCGUUGCUCGGGUUGCUGCAACAACCGCAAAGUGCAGUGCCGUCCCACCCAAGUACAGCUGCGGCACGUCCAGGUGAGAAAGAUUGAGAUCGUGCGGAAGAAGCCGACCUUCAAGAAGGUCACAGUGACCCUGGAAGACCACCUGGCGUGCAAGUGUGAGACCGUGGUGAUGACUGUGGCCAAGCCCAUCACCCGGAACCCAGGGAGUUCCCAGGAGCCGCAGCGAGCCAGGACACCCCAAACUCGGACGAUCAUCCGGACAGUGAGAGUCCGCCGGCCCCCCAAGGGGAAGCACCGGAAGUUUAAGCACACACAUGACAAGACGGCACUGAAGGAGACCCUUGGAGCUUAGGGCCAUCUGCAGGAGAGUGCGGGCAGGGUUAUUUAAUAUGGUAUUUGCUGUAUUGCCCCCAUGGGGUCCUUGGAGUGAUAAUAUUGUUCCCCUCGUCCGU